AUGCCUCAGCUUAAUGGAGGCGGCGGGGAUGAUUUGGGGGCUAAUGAUGAAAUGAUACCCUUUAAAGACGAAGGGGAGCAGGAGGAAAAGAUUUCCGAAAAUGUCUCGGCAGAAAGAGACUUGGACGACGUGAAAUCCUCGUUGGUAAACGAGUCGGAAAACAACAGUAGUUCGUCAGACUCCGAGCAAGCAGAGAGGCGUCCCCAAACCAGAGCUGACUCGGAAAGUUAUGAGAAAACAAGAGACUAUUUUGCUGAAGCAUUGAGAAGACAACACGAUGGCGGUCUCUUUAAGAGCCCCCAUUAUCCUGGCUACCCCUUUCUCAUGAUCCCAGACCUCACUAAUCCAUACUUGUCCAAUGGCUCUCUCUCACCCAGUGCAAGAACAUACCUGCAGAUGAAAUGGCCUCUUUUGGAUGUCCCUGGCUCCACAGGACUCAAAGAUUCCCGUUCUCCAACACCGGGCCAUUUAUCAAAUAAAGUUCCUGUGGUCCAGCAUGCCCACCAUGUUCAUCCACUGACACCCCUUAUCACCUAUAGCAAUGAACACUUCUCCCCUGGCACACCACCGUCACACCUUUCUCCGGAAAUACUUGACCCAAAGACAGGUAUUCCUCGUACCCCUCAUCCAUCUGAACUUUCACCAUACUACCCCUUGUCUCCUAGUGCAGUUGGUUCUAUUGCCCACCCGUUAGGAUGGCUCAUGCCACAGCAGGGCCAGCACAUGUACUCCAUCCCUCCAGGGGGAUUCCGUCACCCCUAUCCAGCACUAGCUAUGAAUGCAUCCAUGUCCAGCUUGGUGUCCAGCCGUUUCUCCCCCCACAUGGUGACUCCUCCACCACACAGCCUCCAUCAAACUGGCAUUCCCCAUCCCGCCAUCGUUUCGCCAACCAUCAAACAAGAGCCCAACAGCGACAACACUACCCCAUCGAUGCAUGCGAAAUCUCCCAUCCCUCCCAAGAAAGAAGAGGACAAGAAGCCUCAUAUCAAAAAGCCUCUGAAUGCUUUCAUGUUGUAUAUGAAGGAGAUGAGAGCCAAAGUAGUGGCAGAGUGCACUCUGAAGGAAAGUGCUGCCAUAAACCAGAUCCUUGGAAGACGGUGGCAUUCCCUGUCAAGAGAGGAACAGGCCAAAUACUAUGAGCUGGCUAGAAAAGAGAGGCAACUCCAUUCCCAGCUCUACCCUGGAUGGUCAGCGCGAGAUAACUAUGGAAAACGGAAAAAGAGGAAGAGGGACAAUAAACCUGACUCAAAACCAGAAGACUUCUCAAUAAGAAGCAAGAAACAGUGCGUUCAGUACCUGCCCUCAGAGAAGAUGUGUGACAGCCCAGCGUCAUCCCACGGAAGCAUGCUGGAUUCACCAGCCACCCCAUCCGCAGCGCUGGCCUCACCAGCUGCUCCUGCGGCUACUCACUCCGAGCAGGCCCAGCCGCUGUCGCUCACCACCAAACCUGAGGGGCGCAUGCACCACCACUUCUCUGUCCUUGGAAAAGGUUCAGGAGGAACUUCUUCCUCAUCAUCAUCUGCCUCCCAGCCGACAAUUUCUGUCCCUCUGUCUUCUAUUGGUACUUCAGGUAGCCAGUCGGCUGCACCCAUCCUGACCCGGCCGAUUCCUUUUACAUCCCUGCACCCUUCCAUGCUCUCACCCCCUUCACCUUUCCAUCAGGCAGCUCUUCACUCCCACCAUGCCCUGUUCCAGUCACAGCCUUUGUCCUUGGUUACCAAACCAACUGAAUGA